GAGAACUUUCAACAUCGGAAAACGUAAAACCCAACAUCGCCGCGUCAGGCUUUCUCGAUCCCACGUUGACACCACAAACAUCUCCACCAUAGGCAUUAACGAUUUUGCUCUCUCGGACCAGCCUUUCCCUUCGCCUUAUCCUGACUUAUCCACGACCGCGACUGGAAAGUCGAAGCUCAAGUCUGAAUACUCCCCAGCCGAAUUGAUUUGACUACAUUAGGCGCUGCCUGCUACAUUCGAGCGGGGCGCCCCUGAACCAGAGAGGCGCCGGUUUGAGUCUCCGCCAAGCCAGGACAGCAUAGAAGAACUAGAAGGGUGAACUCGGCGGUCGGUACAUACAAUGGCGUCCUCUACGUUCAGCUCGGAUGAGGGGGAAAUCGUAGAGGCAACUCCCCUGCCUCGCUCUGGAAAAAACGGUGAUGUUGACCGGACCGGCAGACAUCGAGGUAGAUACCCGUCGCGCACGCCCGAGCGCGACUUACCAUCAAGAGAAUCGGCCGACGGGCCCCGCCGAAGCCGGUCGCCCCGCGGCUGGAAGCGGUCCCGGGAGGACCACCGCGACCGGCGCGACAGCCGCCAGUUCCGCGUCCACUACGAGGGCAGCUCUCGCGACUAUCGCCGCCCGUAUCGCGACCUAGACCGUCCUCCCUCACGUGGCGCAGACCGCUACGACGAGCGACCGAACUAUCGCUACGGCAGCCGCGAACCGGCACCCCCUCGCCCCAGAGGCCACCGCGCCGAUGGCGGCACCUACGACCGCAGCUACGACCGUGAUCGCAGGGACGAUGGCUACCCAGACAAGCGGGCUCGGACCCGCAGUCGGUCACCCCGCGGCAGGGGCGACAGGACCGACAGGACCGACAGGACCGACAGGGCGGGGCGAGACGGUGGCCGCUCCGGAGAUGACCUGAGGUCAGGGGAAGACAAGUACAGUGCCCCUGCUGAGAGACGUCCCCAGGAUGGCUCCACGUCCAGGCGGGAUACACCAGUAGAGGCUCCUGAUGUGUCCAAGCAGAAUGCUAAAACUGAUCAAGGUGCUACGGUUGAACGAGGCAUGAAUGACCUUGCCCUUUCACAACCCAGCGCACCUCCCGAACCGGAACCCGAUAUGGACUGGGACCCCGAUGCGGCCAUGGACCAGGAGGCGGCCGUUCAGGCGGAGAUUGAGCGGCGUCGCCGAGCCAGAGAAGCGGCUCUCAAGCGAGCAGCAACCCCGACGGUCCAGGCGUUACAGGCCGGUGACAGGCCUGCCUCCACGCCGACUUCAACUCGUCCGAGCACUCCGGGCCCUCAGAAAGCCGAAGGCGCCACCCCCUCCUCCAACGGCCCUUUAUCACCCGGUCCGUCUCCGGGCAGGGUUCAAGCCGCCCUGUCUCCCGGGAGCUUCAACUUUGCUGACGACCAAGCACUCAUCAAUGCUCACGCCAAGGCUAAGACGGCCGACGAGGACGGACCGUCGGCUGCUGACUAUGACCCGACCGCGGACAUGAAGGAGGACGAGCGCAGAGACGAGAUGCGCCACGGCAACGUAGGUCUGCAUGGUGAGCCUCGUCGUCCCUCUCAGGACGAACUUGCGGCCCCUCCAGCGGAGACGGAGGAGGAGGACAAGGGCCCCAAGAAAGGUGAUGACGACGACAACUUCGACAUGUUCGCAGAUAACUUUGCCGACAAGUUCGCCGCGCCUGCGCCUGAAAAACCCGACGCCGCCCAAGAAGGACGCGCACCGCAAGGCGGCGGUGGCAUCUUAGAAGGAGAUGACAAGGAGGGCUAUUACAAGAUCCGGCCGGGAGAGCUACUGGAUGGGCGGUAUCAGGUCCUGACAACCUUGGGCCGUGGUAUGUUCUCGGGCGUGGCUCGUGCGGUCGACAUCACCACCAAGAAACAGGUUGCCAUCAAGAUUAUGCGCAACAACGAUGCGCUGCGCAAAGGAGGUCUCACCGAAAUUGCCAUUCUCGAGAAGCUCAAUGCCGCCGAUCCGGAGGACAAGAAACACAUUGUCAGGUUCGAGCGGGCCUUCGAGUACAAGGCGCAUCUCUGCAUGGCUUUUGAGAACCUGAGCAUGAACCUCCGCGAGGUCCUCAAGAAGUUCGGCAACAACGUUGGCAUCAACCUGAAUGCAGUACGGGCGUAUGCGUACCAGAUCUUCCUCGCCCUGGGCCACAUGCGCAAAUGCAGCAUCAUCCACGCCGAUCUGAAGCCAGACAAUAUACUGGUAAACGAAGCACGCAACGUGCUCAAGAUUUGCGACUUGGGCACCGCAAUCGAUCGUUCCGAUGCGGCCAUGGCUGCGUCCGAGCCUAUGCCAUACCUUGUGAGCAGGUUCUACAGAGCUCCCGAAAUCAUCCUGGGAGUGCCCUUCGACUAUGCUGUCGACAUGUGGUCCAUCGGAUGCACGCUGUAUGAGCUAUACACGGGCAAGAUCCUUUUCACGGGCGAGAACAACAACCAGAUGCUGAAGAAUAUCAUGGAAGUUCGGGGCAAGCUGAGCGCAAAGUUCUACCGCCGUGGUGAGCUCGCCCACAAUCACUUCGACGAGCUGGGCAACUUCAUCAGCGUGGAGCGGGAUAAGGUUCUUGGCAAGACAACUGUUCGCACGCUGGCGACCGUCAAGCCGACGCGGGACCUGCGGACCCGCCUACUGGCCGCAUCAGCCGGGAUGGACGAUGCCGAGAGCCGGGAGCUCAACCACUUUAUUGACCUACUGGAGCGGUGCUUGACGCUGAACCCGGAGAAGCGGCUUGUGCCUGCUGAUGCGCUGAAGCAUCCUUUCUUUACUCAGCGGGUGCAUGGAUACGGGCACGGGCAUGGGCGAUAAGACCGGCGCUGCAGCGCGUGGAGGUAGAGUUGGUUUGGGACGACAGCCAGGUAUGGCGAAGCUUCAUUCCUCCCAAGAGGCGGUGGCGAUGUUGCGCUUGAACCUGAUAUAGCGAUGGAGCUGUGUCAAGGUCGAUGCCGAACCGAGAUUGAGAGACUAAGCAAAGCCUGUAGUAAGAGAAGGGGGUUAUAGUGGUAAUAGUUCGAUUCGGAAUAUAUGAGGGGGUCCGGACAUAGAACAUGCGCACAUAAGAUUACUGCCUUUUUUUUGGGACCCGGGGGGGG